AUGGAGUCCACUCUCAUCAUUCUUUGGUUGUUUACCUGGGUGGCAAUCGGGUUGAUCGUCCUCCGGCUGUUGAUGCGGAAGUUGAAAGGAUUCAAGUUCGUCCUUGGCGAUUAUUUCGCAAUGGGUGCAAUUCUCUGUGCGCUCAUACGCCUCGCCUUGGUCCAUGUUAUUCUCAUCUGGGGGACCAACAAUAUGUCUACCAAAUUCAGGCAUACCCACGAUUUCACUCCGGAGGAAAUCCGUCGCAGAGAGAUCGCGAGCAAAUUUGUGCUCACCAAUCGAGUGUUCUAUAAUUCCUAUCUCUGGUUGCAAAAAUUGGUUCUGCUUGAUACCUACCGCAGACUGCUCACGCAUCUUCACUGGGAAAAGAUGACGAUGAUCUUAUAUAUUGGUAUAUUUGCAGCCUCAUAUAUAAUCGUACAGGUUGUGACAUUCACGGAGUGCGAUCCAUUCAACCAUUACUGGAUCGUAUUGCCGGAUCCUGGCAUCUGCUGCCAAGCACAGCUUCAAUUGAUCGUCCUCGGUGUCCUCAAUGUCAUCACCGACCUUAUGCUCAUCGCCUUGCCGAUCCCAAUUUUGGUUCUAGUCAAACGAUCUACUGUUGAAAAGCUCCAGCUAGCGAUCCUCUUCGGCGUCGGCCUCUUUAUCGUCGCAAUCACCAUCGCUAGACUGCCUCAAAACGCCAAGAAUCCCACUGCACAAGUAAACAGAACAACUUGGGCGUCCGUUGAGCUGCUCGCUGCCGCUAUCGUCGCCAACGCUCCUGUCCUAUAUGGACUCAUCAAGGGACAGAGGCAAAGGUCCAAUAAUGCCGCAUCGGCAGUCGGAUCAAGUGGGCCGUCAUGGCAAGGACUUCCAAAGAGAUCAGCAAAUGAACCCGAUUUCGAACUGCAAGGGACCCUUCAUAGCAAGAGAGGGUCUAAUCUUGGUUCAAAGAUAUCAUCCAGAAAUUAUUUGGAGAUCGAUGGCGAGAGCAGUCGGUCGCUGACUCGAAGUUUGGAAAAAUAA